CUUGGCUCUUCUUUGCUCCUUGAAAUAUAAUGUGAACUUUCAGAUCAUCUUCUUACAUUCAAUGGAAAGAAUGUUUUUGGGCGUUUGAUCGAGCUUGCACUGAACUGAAAGAUAAAUUUUGGAAGAAUUGAUAUCGUUUUUAAGAAGGCUUUUCUCAUCCAAGAAAGUUGGAUACAGAACAAUGGCAGUGAGAACCACACUGACAUGGAAUGAGGAAAAGAGUCUUCAAAAGCUGCUUGGAAAUGUUUCUUUGAUACUUCUUUAUAAGUCUACUGUCCAUGGAAACAGAAUUAGCAAUAUGUAUAAUAGGUGCAUUCGUCAGGGAUCCACUGUAACAAUGAUUUAUUGCCCCAAGAAUAGUUUUGGUAUCUUUAUGCUUGGGCAUUAUCCUGAAAUCUCUGAAGGUUUUAGAAAGCUAAAUAGUUCCAUCUAUUUUUCAUUUCAAAAGAAUAAAACAAUGGAAAUGACAGCUGCAUUUUUAAAUUCAACAUUGAAAAUUAGCAAUGACCAACUGGAAUUUCAGUUCCCUAUUUCUCCCGUUCAGUACUUAUCUCUAGAUUUACACAAGAGAACCAUUGUUAUACCUAAACUUUUAGUGGAAAAAUUAGGACUAAAUCCUGACUUAGGCUUCCGAUUUUUGGAAUGUGAAGUUUUUCGAGUGGAAGGAAUUAAGGAUGCUGCAGGCUACAUAAACAGGAUAACAAGAGCCACACAGCACAGAAAUAGUCUCUUAGCAGACCUCAGAGCCUACAGGCCCUAUGCAGACUUGGUUUCAGAAAUCCGUAUUCUCUUGUUGGGUCCAGUGGGGUCUGGAAAAUCCAGUUUUUUCAAUUCAGUGAAGUCCAUUUUCCACGGCCAUUUGACUCACCAAGCCAUAGUGGGGUCUGAUGUCACCAGCAUUACUGAACAGUAUAGGAUAUAUUCUGUUAAAGAUGGAAAAGAUGGUAAAUCUCUGCCGUUUAUGUUGUGUGACUCCAUGGGGCUGGAUGAGAAAGAGGGAGUAGGCUUAUGUGUGGCUGACAUACCCCACAUCUUAAAAGGCUGCGUGCCAGACAGAUAUCAGUUUAGUCCCCAUAAACCAAUUACACCCAAGCAUCCUGCUUUCAUCACCUCUCCAUCACUGAAAGACAGGAUUCACUGCGUGGCUUAUGUCUUUGAUAUCAACUCUAUUGACAAUCUCUCCUCUAAAAUGGUGGCAAAGUUCAAACAAGUUCAGAAAGAAGUAUUAAACUGCGGUGUAGCACAUGUAGCAUUGUUUACUAAAGUGAAUAAUUGCUAUGAAGUUCUUCAAGACAACUUCUUAAAGAUGAAUAAAUCUAUGAUUUCUCAAAGCCAGAUACAGAAUGCCAACAAGAUGCUAGGCAUUCCUCUUUCUAAUAUCUUGGUGGUUGAAAAUUAUGCUUCAGAGCGGGAGAUGGAUCCUUUAAAGGACAUUUUAAUCCUCUCUGCACUGAAGCAGAUGUUCCGGGCUGCAGAUGACUUCUUAGAGGAUUUGCCUCUUGAGUAAACAGAUGCAAUUGUUGGAAUGUUCCAGCUCUGCAUGCGACAUCAGUUGCCUUGAUUCAGACACUUGGCCCAAACCAGGGUUGCUGACAGCCUCUUUGAGACUCUGCUUCUAUUCAUGUUUUACUUUCUGUCUCUGACAACAUCUAACUGAUGGUUCCUUCUGGGAUCAGUCACACCUCAAGUGCAAAGGCCAACCUUAAGCAGUGGUGGGCCAACAUAUGCUCUAUUGCAAACCACCCUUUGUAUUUCUGCACUAUUUACAACUUAAUUUAUAUGACAUCUUUCUAAAUCUCCUCAGCAAAAUUAACUAUUCCCUUAUUAUUUAUCCAUAACACUUAAUUUAAAACUCUAUGCAAGUACUAAUCACAUUGAGUAUAAACUGGUUACAUAGUUAUCUGCUUUUCUAAAUAAAUUGUGAGUCUUUUAAGAAACAGAGUUUGGAUUUUACUUAUCUUUGUAUUCACAGAAAUUAGCAUAGUGCCUGGCGGGGAGCAAGCAUACCUGCUAUUAAGCAUCUCUCUCAACCUCCCCAGAGUGAUACCAUGUAUUUAAAAUUCUCUCCUUAUAGAGGAGAAGACUGGGAGAGAAUGAAAUGCUGGAGAUAAAUAAAGGAGGGAGAAUGUUUCACUUAUCUCUGGAUGACAAUAUGAUUUAAGUUAAUUAAAAAGAACAAGUAUUUCCAAA